UUGCCGGUUAACGUGUCGUUAAGUGUGAAACAUUAAGAUAAUCGGUCGGAUUAAAGACGCGCCGCUCCGAGACCCUCCGCUCCGAGCAUACAAAUCCCACCGGCGGCGCUCCGCCCUGAUUGGCUGCGCCCUCGCGUCAAUCACGCGGCGUUCCCCCUUCCACUACCGCUCCUACAGUAAAUAUUUGUGUUUGCUCAACCGGCUGUAAUGGUGGACGACUGAAGGCAGGGGAGCGGAAUACAACUGGGCUGAAGAAGAACACGCAAACCGAGAGAGGACCAGUCACGAAGAGAGCUCCAGAGCCAGCCGCCGCGAGUUAGGACACCGGGCUUCGUCGAAAAAUGGAUGAACUCAAACAUCAAGUCAUGAUUAACCAGUUCGUCCUGACGGCGGGUUGUGCGGCAGACCAGGCGAAGCAGCUUCUGCAGGCGGCACACUGGCAGUUCGAGACUGCCCUCAGUGCCUUUUUCCAAGAAACAAAUAUUCCAUACGGCCAUCAUCAUCAAAUGAUGUGCACCCCAGCCAACACACCAGCGACGCCCCCCAACUUCCCGGACGCGCUGACCAUGUUCUCGCGGCUGAAGGCGUCCGAGAGCUUCAACAGCGGCAGCGGCGGCAGCCCCAUGGCCGCCUCCAUGGCCACCUCGCCCCCGCCCCCCCAGGUCGGCGGCUGGGGGGUCUCACCUAACGUGCCGCAACCUCCACAGGGACUCUGGACUCAGGGGCAGCCCCCCACGCAGCCCUGCCCUGCCUGGCCCACGGGUGUCAACCCGCACGGGGGCACUGAGCAGAAGGCUAGUGUAGUGAUGGAGGCAGAGAGAUGAAGGGCCGCACAGGACUGAGAAGCCCCCUCACCCACCCCCCCGGGGGAGGGAAGGAAAGGGGGUAUAAAGGUGGGGAGGGGUGGGGAGGAGAUAUGGGUAAAAAAUAUGGGUUUCGGCCUUUCUUUCCCAAAAGUCGGAUGGACGGACGGAAAGAGAUGGAAACUACGCAAACCAAGAAAAACUCAACGAGGACAAUUUAAGAAGAGGAGAAAACCAAUGCAAACGUCAAUACAAAAAUAGAAAGAAAAAAAAGAUACGCACACACAUAGUAAUAAGAGAGCAACUGAAAUCUUUGUUAGUUUUUUCCUAAGUAAAUGCAUAGAUAAGAGAAAUAUUAUUGAACUAAAAAAAAAAACUGAAAUUAAAAAAAAAAAAAAUUGUCACGCCCAAGGAUUCUAUGUGAUGUUCAAGGACAUUCAAGGCAGCAAACUUAAUUUUCUGUUUUUUUUUUGUUAAGGUUUUUUUUCUUUUUCGUCUUUUCAGCCAGUGUGUUUUUCUGUCACUGGCGUUCUGUGUUUCUGCAACUGUCUGUGCUGCAUGAGGAGAGAGGAAGUCGCAAUGCAGUGUUUUUAAGAUUGACUCAAAAAUCAUCACGCACUUAAAGUGUGAGUGUGUACGCAUGUGAGCGGGUGGUCAAGUUUGUAAUCAAAAAAUGUACACACACAUACACUCAUACAGUAUAUAUUGACACACGUCUAGAGGAAACGCCUCCAUACUGUCACCCCCAUCGUCAAAGGUGGGACUUUUGUUACCUCACCUGGUGGUCACCUGACUUCUCUCAGCCAAUCAGGGAUUUCUUCUUAAACCAACCAUUGCCACCACCGACACAGGACAUGUUUUUAAAGGUUUCUUUUCUUAAAGGCAGCAGCCGCUCUCUGGUUUAUGCCAAGUGAUUCUCGCAGCGAUGGCUUUUUUCCUGACACAGUUUUAAACACGGAGUCAGACUACAACUGUCCACUGGAGAUUUGGGUUAUUAUUUACAAGCGAAACAAGCAGUCGUGGUUUUAAUGUAAUAUAUCGUUUUUAAUGCUAAUUGUUCUGUUUUUGUUGAUAGGUUGAGGGAGGAGGCUUUGAACUUGGGUGGGACUUCAGGUUUUUUUUUUUUUUUGAAAGAGUGAAUCAAACGCAACUUAAAAUGGCCACAUAUUUAAUAAAUGUAAGCGAAACACGACUACUCCAUCUUUGUAAACAGAAUUGCCACUUUGCAUGAUGUGUUCAUAAUGUGUAAAAUCUUUUGUAGCAAAUAUACAUGAGGUCGAGACACGUCUAUGGGAGGGGGUGGAGUUUAAGGCGAGGGAGGGGUGGUUGGUGUUAUUCCCAAAGCUAAAAGAAAUGCAAUAGUCAAAGUGUCUUGUUCCAUAUGAGAAACAAAAGAAGAAGAAAAUGGGUUUGGGGCAGCUGGGGGGAGCCCACCACAAGCGAUUUUGGGACACUACAGACUACUUUCAGAUAUACAGUAUAUAUAUAUAUAAAUAUAUAUACCCUCAGUUAGUGUACUACAGAGGGAUUUUUACAACGUUUAGGUUUGAAGUUUUGACCAGUCCCUGGUCCAUUGAUACUGCUGAGGGACAGUUCAGGGAUGACCCUGACAUACGGCAAUAUUGAAAUGCUGGGUCUGCCCAUUUUUUUAGUUUGUCCUGUUUGGAUUAUUUUUUACAUUCGAUAAAAGCAGGCAGAGUAAGAUGAGAUAUUUUGAAUAGCUGACAGUCUUUUUUUAAAAAGAUGAUUAGGAAAAAAAAAUUAUGGAUAUAAUAAUGACUAAAUAACCAACUUCCUUUUUUAUUAUUUAGAUUUAAACUAAUGUUCGAGUUCAUCCUUUUUUCCAUGCUUCAUACUUUAUUUGGUAAAAUCAGAGUUUCUGGGUGGGCCUGUUCCUAAAUGGUUUCUCAUGUAUGUUCCCCCCCUUGUAUGACUGUAUGAGACCAUUCCCACAAUAUUUGUGGACUACCUGAUAAUUAACUUAUCAUUUUUGUGAACCUAAAUAAAUAUUGUAUGUCAAUCUAA